GGAUAAAAUUAAGAAGGUACAUCGAAUCUAACUUUUAGUUCGGUGUUUGGAAUUGGACAGAGCAAGAACCUUUGUCAUGAAGAGCCUUUGGCUGAUUUUGUUAGUUAUAGCUGUCGUAUUGGUCGUCACAGCGGAGUCUAGAAAAGACCGCAAGCCUGGGAAAAAGGCUGGAGUGGGAAAAGGUAAAGGAGGCCGCAACAACAAGCCAAAUAAGAAAGAAUGCCCUGUUAAUUGCAGUAAUUGUGGGCUGGCUGGAAGGUGCGUCGAGUGCGAUGAUGGAUUCGUCAAAAUAACUCUCCCUAAAAAACGAUCGAAAGAAAUCUGUGUACCAUGCAGUCAACAGCUAUCCAACAAAAGAAAGGGCCUGGACCGAGACACCUCUAAAUGCCCGACUGAGCCUACAACGUCAGCCAAGCCUACCUGUCCCACAGACUGCUCCAGCUGUCAGGAUGGUAUCUGUCUUGUUUGUGACAGCGGAUUUGCGUUAGUUUCUCGGCGUAAAAAUAACACAAUUUGCAUUCCUUGUGGUUCAGGAAGGAACGGUAAAAAGGUGGAUAAAUCACAAUGUGGCUCAGACACUUGUGGAAAAGGCUGUCUAAAAUGUACCAAUGGCAGUUGCAGUGCGUGUAAAGAUGGCUUUGAAUUGAAUCAAGAAAAGAGCAAGUGCAAAAAGAAGAAAGAUUGUGCACGCGGCUGUCUUAACUGCACAUCAGGGAUUUGUUCCAAGUGCAAAGAAGGCCUCACUCUUAACCGGAAAUCGAAAAAAUGCGUUAAACUAUGUUCAGCAGCAGACCCUGAUGUUAAAACUCGGCCAGGCUGUGAAGGAAGACCCAAGGGAAAAGAAGGAAAAAAGAAACGAAAAGGGGGCAAAAGAAAAUCAAACCGUAAGCCGACAUCUUACCCAGAACAACCACAGUAACUGAACACAACACAGGACCUUCGCAGUUGAAUAACCUGCCAAAGCCACGAUCACCCAAAGCCAAGUACUUCGCAUACUGUAUUUGGCUGUAAUCAUGUACAUACAAAGCUGAUAUUGUCCAAUAGUCAUUUUUUCCCACGCUAUCACGGCAGAGUUUAGUGCAUUUUUGGUCAAAACCAUUCUAAAAGUCCCUUCCAGCUCGCAGACGAAAUUCUCCUAGGAAACCAAGAAGGAGAUAUUGAUUGAAUUGUUGAAGGGAGAACAAGUUAAAAAUAGUUUUUAGCGCGUUUUCCAAGACGCGAUUGACAGAAUUGAAAACGUCAGCUGGGCUUUUUAAAUUCGACAUCUCAAUCUUGAGCAUGGAUAAAGCGUUUCAGCACUCUUAUAGCUUCGAUAAAUUUUCACUUUAGGUUUCAAUCAAUGUAAAAGGUUGUUAUGUUUUGUCUUGACUUUCCAAAGUCAUACUCAUUAAACUUACAAUAGCUACCUUGUUUUUACCAA